AUGAACUACCUCCGCAGCACGCUGAACACGCUGCGCGAUACCUAUGCACCCGUAUCCCACACCUCGACCUUCCGCCAAACCGGCCAGAUAACACCCGAGGAGUUCGUUGCCGCCGGCGACUUCCUUGUCUACAAGUUCCCCUCUUGGUCCUGGGCCGACGCCUCGCACCCGUCCAAGCGCGUGAGCUACUUGCCUGAGGGCAAGCAGUACUUGGUCACCCGUGGUGUUCCUUGCCACCGCCGCUUGGACGACAACUUCGCCGGCGACGGCGGAGACGAGGGCACUGUCGUUGGUGAUGGCUUCGCCGGUGGCGCCGGUGAUGACGGAGAUGACGGCUGGCUGAGGACCGGCGGUGGCGGCAAUAUGGGCGCGAGCCAGGAGCGCGCAGCCAGGGACGUGCGGACUGUCGACGACAAGGGCGAAGUCAGUGAUGCCCCCGAGACGGACGACGAAAUCCCGGAUAUGGAAGAUGAGGAGGACGACGAGGAGGCCAUCAUCCGCGACACCAAGGCUGGCUCUGGUACCGCUGCUCCUCUCCGCACGUACACGCUUUACAUCAUGUACACGCCCUACUACCGUACGCCGCGCCUUUACCUGUCCGGCUACCUGUCUCCCUCGGAGCCACUCCCGCCUCACCUGAUGAUGGAGGAUAUCGUCGGCGACUACAAGGACAAGACGGUGACGCUGGAGGACUUUCCUUUCCUUGACGUGGGCAUCAAAAUGGCCUCGGUGCACCCUUGCAAGCACGCUUCUGUCAUGAAGGUGCUUCUUGACCGUGCUGACGCUGCGCUCAAGCUACGUGUGGCAAAGAUGAAGGCCGGUCAGGAUGUCAGCAAAGGCCAUGGUGCCGAACUGGGCAUGGAGGGACUUGCAGAACAGCUGGAAGGCGUGCAAAUCGGCGACAAGAAGGAUGACAAGAAGGGUGAUGGCGACGAAUGGGAGGUUCUGGACCAGACAUCUGCGCCCGAGGAUGACGUUGCCAUCCGGGUUGACCAGUAUCUGGUCGUGUUCUUGAAGUUCAUGGCCAGCGUCACUCCGGGUAUCGAGCACGACUUCACCAUGGGCGUAUGA